CCUCCCCCCAACUCCAUCACCUCCCCCCACCCACCGUCCGUCCCGAGUGAGUGAGAGCGAGUGUCAAGUGAGGCGAAUCGCGCGGCUCCUCCUCAAUCGCUGAGCGCCACAGUCACCGUGAGCUCACUCGGACAGCAGAGUGCGAGAGCGAUCGACUUCCCUCCCCCUCUCCCAUCCGCCAUGGACAAAAACGAGCUGGUGCAGAAGGCCAAGCUGGCCGAGCAGGCCGAGCGCUACGACGACAUGGCGACCUCGAUGAAAGCGGUGACCGAGCAAGGCCUGGAGCUCUCCAACGAGGAGCGCAACCUGCUCUCGGUCGCCUACAAGAACGUGGUGGGGGCACGGCGCUCGUCCUGGAGGGUCAUCUCCAGCAUCGAGCAGAAGACCGAGGGCAACGAGAAGAAACAGCAGAUGGCCCGGGAGUACCGGGAGAAGAUCGAGGCCGAGCUGCGGGACAUCUGCAACGAUGUGCUGGGCCUUCUUGAUAAAUACUUGAUUGCCAAUGCUAGUUCUCCAGAGAGCAGAGUUUUCUACUUGAAAAUGAAGGGAGAUUACUAUCGUUACUUAGCUGAAGUGGCUUCUGGGGAUGACAAGAAAGUCACAGUGCAUCAUUCGCAACAAGCCUAUCAAGAAGCAUUUGAAAUCAGUAAAAAAGAGAUGCAACCAACACACCCUAUCCGCCUGGGACUGGCUCUUAAUUUCUCAGUGUUUUAUUAUGAAAUUCUUAACUCUCCAGAACAAGCUUGCACUCUCGCAAAGGCUGCAUUUGAUGAAGCAAUUGCAGAGCUUGAUACACUGAAUGAAGAUUCUUACAAAGACAGCACAUUAAUAAUGCAGUUAUUGCGAGAUAACUUGACAUUGUGGACUUCAGACAACCAGGGGGAAGAAGCUGAUGCUGGCGAGGGAGGAGAGAACUAAACUUCCGCCUUCUAGUUCUGUCUGCCUCAUUCCUGAAUCUUCACCAUCAAGACUAUUUGUAAUCUCUGCUGUCCCACUAGUUUCUAUUUUAGGUCUUUGGAAAGCUUCUGUCACUUUUGUUGGGUCUCUGUGUUUCCCAUGUGGUUUGUGUUUGAUAGGGGAGAAGAGCCAAUUCAUAUUGGGAACUCUUGUACUGUAUGUUUCAGGUGGCCAAUGUAAAUUCAGGGUGUGGAAUUUUUAUACAAGUUUUAAAUGUUUGGUUAGUACUCUUUGUAGCUGUGGUUUCCACAAAGCUAAUGUCAAUUGUUUCCUGUACUAGCAAAGAAGGAUGCCCAUAACUUAGUGUCUGUAUUGGGGAAAUAGCAGAUUCAGUACGAGUCGUGCAAUUUCUAGAGAGUUGCUGAUCUGUAGAUCAAACCUGCACCAUCUAUUACGUGUCUCAGGAUUUUUGGGAUAGGGCAGAGGAGGAUUAACAUUCCAUGAGUUGCAAGAUUCACCAUUGCUCAUGUCUUCAUUUUGCUACACAUGACAUCUGAACAUUUUAUUUGUAUUUAAAAGAAAUUAUUGUCAACGUAAGAACAAAUGUACAAGCAAACAUGCAGUAAAAAUAAAUGCUUAACUUUGAUAAUGUAUGUUUAAGAGGUAAAGACCUUCCCAUGUGUUUAUCUGGUAACUUCCUUUUUUGUUUUUUUUUUAGUUUUUGCUUUGUGGUCUUGAUUGCCUAACACGCAUGUGGCUGUGAAAUAGUUAACAGGGAAGUAAUGAGAUAUAUUGCUGUAUGGCUAGCUGCAUUCAUGUCUUCUGGACUUUUCAUAAGAACACAAGCAUAAUUGUUAUCAAGAAAAUGUGUAAAGUUGAUGUAAGUGGAAUAAAAUGUUUUAUGAAUGGA